AUGUCUACCGGAGACCCUGGGUCCCCACUGCCGGCACCGCCACCACCGGUAUCCGCCACCAGCGUCCAGCCCCCCCGCGACCGGAUCCCGAUAAGCUCGAAGAAGACGCAAGUCACGGGCCCCGCCACCGCCGCACCCAACUAUGCUGCCGCUGCGAGUCAGAUGGCGGCUCAAACACCUGAACAACAGCAACAACAACAACAGCGUGCCAAGGCUCUGGGCAGCCUCCUACAAGCCAUGGGUGCUGUACCCGGAAACCGCAUGGAUCGCUGGGUCCAGGCCAUCUACUUCGCCGAACUCUACCCCGUCGCCACCGCCACAUCGCUGAAAUUUUCGGCCUUGAACGCGAACCGGUCCGUCGAGAACAUCUUCGAUUACGCCCUUGAAGUGACUCUGUCUCACCAGAGCGCCUCGCGAGCGACUCAUGCCGACAAGAUCGAUCUCGUGGCCUACGUCACGAGGCUGCUAUCGCCCAUCUCUCCUAUCUGCUUUGAGCCUGGAGUUCCUCUGCCGGACCAUCUUGCGGCUUAUCAACCACAGAUCUUAGGCGUACAACAUUCAUCAAUCCUGCGUAAUGGGGCGGCUCACCAUCGCGUUACGGUUGGGUUCGUCACCGGCGAGGCACGUGACGCGGCGCUCACGACGCCCCCCGCUCUCACUUGGCGAUCGGCGAAGGCCCGCUUCGCGAAGUCUCACAGGUUCCACCAUAACAUGGUCGAGCUUCGAAUCAACGUCGGUGUUCAAGGAGUGCCCUCCAUGGAUGCCAUCAUCAAAUCGUUCCAAUCACUUGUGCAAGACCUGUCAGGCAAGGGACAUUCAUGCCAACUUGUGCAGGUUCUGCGCGUUAUCAGCGUGGACAACGCCUCGGCCUUCGCCCACGUUGCCGGAGACUACUCGGCUUUCCUACACUUCGAUGACGACUCCCUAUUCCAACGCCCCAACACGACCUUGAAGGAGAUUCUACCUUCGAGGAUCGACCUUCCCACUCGAGGCAUCCCGGUUACCGCCCUUCGCCAUGACUAUGAGAAGGAGGCGGCUUGCGGUAGGUGCCACUUUGUGGGUCACGUGGGAACCUGCGGACUGGAUCAGGAGAGGAAGCGGAAGGAGGCUCACAACGGCAUCAUCAACAGCAACAAAAACACCAUCACCCACAACACCAACAUCGCGGAGGCCGAGGCCCCCAUUCCUGUGCUGGUUGUUAACAGGAUCGCAUCACAGAAUCACUUCGCCGGGCUCGAGGUCGAGGAGGGACAGGAGGAAGAGGUAACUGGCCAGGGCGAACAGGGACCGGAGGAAUCGGGGGAGGAAGACGCUGGUGAUAAGGCGGAUGACGAGGACUCGGAGGACUCGGAGAUGGAAUCGGAGGCGGCCGCGAAAACGGAGGUCAUCAAAAUUGAAAGCGAGGACGAGUCGGUCUUGGAGGACUGCAGCGGAUCCGAUGGAGAGGUGAUUGAUGAGAAUGAGGUGAUGGCGGAUGAAAGAGGUGAAACGGAAGGAGAGGUGGCUACGGAGAUGGAGGAAGAGGAGGUGGCGACGGAGGUGGGCGAUGUGGACGAAGCGAGGGGAUCGACGAAAGCGGAGAAUGCGGAAGCGACGGACUUAGGGGAAACGAACAGGCUGGACAAUGACGACGACAGCGACGCCACAGCAACCGCCGCCACCGCUUCCCGCGAAUCGACGCCGCAUGAACCAACCCCACCUCUGUCACCCGAAACUCUCGCCAAGUCGCUACGCGAGGGGGAGGAGUGGGACAGGAUCAGAGCUAACUGGGUUGAGCAGGCACGACUUGAGCGGGACCAAAGCAUCGAGAGGAGGCUCAACGCUGAAACCCCUCUGGUGCGUCACAACUUUGCCACGUGGGACGAGGACGGUGAGAUACGCUCCAUCAACAUCAGGGGGACCGCUGCGAAGUUCAAGAAGCAGGUGAUGAAGAGGUCGCAGACUGCGGCGGACCUCAGUGACCCAAGUGACGAACCGACCGACGCCAAGCGAGUCAUCAUCAAAGGGAAGAGCCGCGUCGUGGUGAAGGAUGGAAUAGAGGGGCGGAGGGUGACGAGGUCGAUGUCGGCGGCAGCGGCGAUGCAGGUCGAGGUGACGAAGGUGGACAGAGGGAAAGGAAGAGGGGUAGCUGAGGAAAAACGAUGGUCCGACCACGAGCCCGAGGACGAUGUCCUGCCCGCCCUUCCCCUCUUUGAGGACGUCACCACCGCCAAGAGCGCCUCGACCUCGACUACCCAUUAA